AUGGGCUUGUCGACGGCCGGCGGGGCGGGCGCGGGCGGCGGCGGCGGCGCGCCCACCGCGGUCUUCCCGCUGCCCGGUUCCUUCCCCUGGGCCAACAGCUCCAGGGGCAAGCCGCGCCGCGGCAUGAUGCGGCGCGCAGUCUUCUCCGACCUGCAGCGCAAGGGGCUCGAGAAGCGCUUCCAGAUCCAGAAGUACAUCUCCAAGCCCGACCGCAAGAAGCUCGCCGAGAAGCUCGGCCUCAAGGACUCGCAGGGGCCCGUGCAGUGUUUGCCGCUGCGGCGUCAGGCGGACGGCGAAUUAGCGGAGGUACACAAGGGCCGGCCGGGGGCAGCUGUCUGGCCGCAGCUGAGCGGUCGCAGGCGGCCCUCGGGGGGCAAACACCGCCGGCGGCUGUCACGCCGGCUCCUCGCAGCACGUGCUCCGCCGCUUACCAGGCCCUCACUCAUCCUGCUGUCAUUCUGGGCAUGUUGCCCUUUGUAA